AUGGUCUAUGUCCGUUACCAGCUUCUGGUUCAGAUGUUGCCUUUAUUGCAGGUUUGUGAUGCUAGUAAAAGGCUUCUGGGCCGUCCAGUUGUCAAAAAGGAAAUUCUCGAAGUCCGACAUGUCAAAUCCAUUGUGGAUAAGUUUGCUCAGUUAGGAGCUAGUCUUUCAGACCUCCAAGUUGCCGUGCUCAUUGUGGUAGGUUUUGCGGGUUUUCUUCGCUGGAGCGACCUUAGUGUCAUCAAAGUGGAGGAUGUGGUCUUCUAUGACUCACACAUGGAUGUUGUGUUGCCAAAGCGUAAGAAUGACCAGCGUAGAAGUGGUAGUGCUAUUAGUAUAGCAAGUACAGGGUCUGUAUAUUGUCCUGUCUCACUUACAAGGAGAUUUAUUUUACGUGCUGGUCUGCUAUCCGGACCACUUUUUCGCGAGUGUGUAUCUCGUGGGGUUGUUAAAUCUUUGUCGUCAAAGGCUCUUAGUUAUGCAUCAGCCAGGUCCCAGGUCCUUUCUGCCUUCACUGCUAUUGGUUUGGAUGCAAAGAAGUUUGGGCUUCAUAGCCUCAGAGCUGGAGGUGCUUCUGCGGCAGCCAGAGCUGGAAUUCCAGGGAGGCUGAUUUCCUCACAUGGGGGCUGGAAGUCAGAUGUCUCGCGCAAUGGAUACAUCAAGGAUUGCAAGGAUUCAAUUCUGGCAGUAUCAAAGUCCUUGAAGCUGUAG